CCCGGACUGCGCUCGGAAGAGGAAGGCGACUCCGACUUUGGCGCCUCGCCCCCGCGCUGUGCCCUCUGUUGGCGGCGUGGGGCAGCUGUGAGCAGCGGUGGCGGCAUCGGCGUCGACGUCAACCCUGACUGGAGCAACGUUUAAGGAAGGAGCAGGGAUCGCCCGGGUGCUAGGCUUCUUGUCGGGAGGACUCUCUCAGCUUUCUGUGGCCCAGGAGGUGAAGCGACGGCUCCGGCAAGCAGGCAUGGAGAGUCGAAAAUUGGUUUCUGCUACAGACAUUCAGUACUCUGGCAGUCUUCUGAACUCCUUGAAUGAGCAACGUGGCCAUGGACUCUUUUGCGAUGUUACUGUUAUUGUGGAAGACCGAAAAUUCCGGGCUCAUAAGAAUGUUCUUUCUGCCUCAAGUACAUACUUCCAUCAGCUCUUCUCAGUUGCUGGGCAAGUUUUUGAACUGAGCUUUAUAAGAGCAGAGAUCUUUGCAGAAAUCCUCAAUUAUAUCUAUAGUUCUAAAAUUGUCCGUGUUAGAGCAGAUUUACUUGAUGAGUUAAUUAAAUCGGGGCAGUUAUUAGGAGUAAAAUUUAUAGCGGAGCUUGGUGUUCCACUGUCACAGGUUAAAAGCAUCUCAGGUACAGCUCAGGAUGGUAAUGCUGAAGUCUUACCACGUGGUUCUAGUGACAAAAACUUUGAAAUACAAAAAUCAAAAGAUGAAGCCCAAGAUAAUGGGGCUACUAUAAUGCCUGUUAUAACAGAGUCUUUUUCGUUAUCUGCUGAAGAUUAUGAAAUGAAAAAAAUCAUUGUUACUGAUUCAGAUGAUGAUGGUGAUGUUGAUGAUGAUGAUGUCAUUUUCUGCUCUGAGAUUUUGCCUGCAAAGGAAACUUUGCCUAGUAACAAUGCAGUGACACAGGUACAGCCUAACCCAACCCCUGUUGCUAUUUCAGAAGUGGCACCUUGCACUAGCAAUAACUCUCCCCCUUUAACAAAUAUCACACCUACUCAGAAGCUCCCUGCUCCUGUGAAUCAGGCAACUCUGGGCCAAACACAAGGAAAUGAGAAGUUGCUGGAGUCUUCAGCUCCAACACAUCUGACUCCCAACAUUAUUUUGUUAAAUCAUCAGGCACCACUUACUGCACCACCAAAUGUCAGUUCUUCACUUCCAAAUCAUAUGUCCUCUUCAAUCAGUUUACUUGUGCAGAAUCAGCCAACACAAAACAGUGCUGUUUUAACAGGAAACAAGGGCAAAGGAGAGGAGGCGGAGGAAAUUAUAGAUGAUGAUGAUGACACUAUUAGUUCCAGUCCAAACUCAGCAGUCAGUAAUACAUCUUUGGUCCCACAGCUUGAUACCUCCAAAAAUACUGCUUUUGAUGGAUCGGUAACACAGAAGAUGCAGAUUUCUACACUUCUGCAAGAGCCUCUUUCUAAUUCUUUAAAAAUUUCAGAUAUAAUUACUAGAACCACUAAUGAUCCCGGCUUAGGAUCAAAACAUCUAAUGGAGGGUCAGAAGAUCAUUACUUUAGAUACAGCUACUGAAAUUGAAGGCUUGUCAACUGGUUGCAAGGUUUACGCAAAUAUUGGUGAAGAUACGUAUGAUAUAGUGAUCCCUGUCAAAGAUGACCCUGAUAAAGGGGAAGCCAAACUUGAGAAUGAGUUACCAAAAACAUCUGGCAGUGAACCAGGAGGCAAACGUAUGAAAGUAAAACAUGAUGAUCACUAUGAGUUAAUAGUAGAUGGAAGGGUCUAUUAUAUCUGCAUUGUAUGCAAAAGGUCAUAUGUCUGUCUGACAAGCUUGCGAAGACAUUUUAACAUUCAUUCUUGGGAGAAGAAGUAUCCAUGCCGCUACUGUGAGAAAGUGUUUCCACUUGCAGAAUAUCGCACAAAACAUGAAAUUCAUCACACAGGGGAACGAAGGUAUCAGUGUUUGGCAUGUGGAAAAUCUUUCAUCAACUAUCAGUUUAUGUCUUCACACAUGAAGUCAGUUCAUAGUCAAGAUCCUACUAGGGACUCAAAGCUUUAUCGUUUACACCCAUGCAAGUCUUUACAGAUCAGACAGUAUGCAUACCUUUCUGAAAGGUCAAGCACUAUGCCCGUCUUGAAGGAUGAUGCUAUUGGGUAUAAGGUUGAUGCUGGAAAAGAGCCUCCAGUAGGGACCACAUCUACUCAGAACAAGCCAAUGACCUGGGAAGAUAUUUUUAUUCAACAAGAAAAUGAUUCACUUUUUAAACAAAAUGUAACAGAUGGUAGUACUGAGUUUGAAUUUAUUAUACCAGAAUCUUACUGAACUCCUUUGAAAUAUCAGGAAAUUUGGUUUGUAUUAAGGGGCAGGGAUUUCAGAAGACCUGUAAAAUAAGGUGAAAACAAGUUAAUUUGAUCUGCCACAUCAUCUAAAGGUAGUCUAGUUGGAUUGUUGAUAAUAUUUAGAAGCAAAUUUUUCUGAAAGUUUGAGUAGAGGUUGAAAGGUUCUUCCCUCCCCAAAUAUCUGUUUGUAUAGUUAGCAUUCAGCUCAUUUAAAAGAGGUAAAAGUUAAAGGCACAGAAAGACAGUUUUUUGAAUAGAAUUUGAAGCAGUCUGAAUAUUAUUUGAAAAUAACUGGAGUUACUAACAUAUCCUAGUAUAUUACAAGUUUCUCUUUCCAUGUUAGCACUUUACUGUUGAAUUCUCCGUUAUCUUAACAUUAAGACUAAGUGUGUGUUGGCAUAAAAAGUAAAGAACCUCUGAACAUUUUUCUAGAAAUUUUCAGAAUAAGCCUCUACUUGGUUUUUUAUUCUACUAAUCCUAAUGGAUAUCAACCUCCUGCCUCCCUCCAUGAAAAUAGCCAUGCACACAGGAGUCAUGCCAAGAAUGGGUUCAUUUUACCUAAUUAGAAUUAAUCAUUGCAUAUAUUGCCAUAGUUUGUAAAAAGACUUUGGCAAGGUCACUGUAUACCUUUGCAGUCUGGUCCCUGGGCAAAAAGCUAUCAGACAAGUGUUUGUAGUACAGAUGGGAGACAGUGAAAAGUUCUGUUGCACUUAACUUUAAUUUUCUGCUCUUACAUGAUAGAGACAGUUAAAUAAAAAAAAUGUCUUUUGUUCAUUGUGGUUCAAAAUAAUCCCAUUAAAUACAAAUUUAGAAUCUAAAGGCCACCAAAUGCAUCUUUAUACAUAAUUAUGUAAAGCUCUUUGUAAAUUAUAGAUUCCAUAGAAGAGAAUCGUACGUAUUUUGGGUGGGAGGCUACUGGCUGUUAUUUUUAAAUGUUCAUACUACUUAGAAUCUCCAAUAGAAAGUUCUCACUAGAGAUAGUUUAAGUGGUAAUUUAGAACUUUCUUUUCAACAAGAUUUUUUAGGUUUUAAAACACAUUCUAAAAUAAUAGUUCCAUUCUAUCUGCAAAUUGCUGAAAUAUUACAGCAGUUACUACAUGUGGAAUGUUACAGGUUUAUAAAUUCUCAUUUGUCUUGACAAUACCACCUUUCUUCCUUUUGUGAUGAUACCUAUUUAAAUACUUAGAAAAAUUUAAAACUUACCCAAUGCUAGUGAUAAAAGGAAGCAGGUUGGAACAGAUAUAUAGCUUAGCACUUGUAACAGAAUUAACAAGCUUCUGUAUAUGAUUUUUUUUCAAUGGAAAAAAUAGAUACUGAAAAUGGUUGUUGUUGCAUAGUUAUUAGUCAUUUGUAACAUUGCUUAAGUAUACCUUAGUUCAACAUAGGUAUUUUCAUCCUCCUUGCCAUGUAUUUUUUAAAAAUAGCUUAUUUCUUGACUUUGCGCUUAAAGUUUUAAACAUAAUUUUUCACGUAUUUAUGUAUAUGUCAUUCUUCUGAUGGUAAACUAGAUUUGAAGUCAUGUCAGUAUUUGUUAUGUUGGUAGCUGAGGGUAUCGGGCAUCAGUACUUAAAAAUACAAAGAAAAAUUAUAAUAGCCCUUGUUUGUGAAGGAGUAGAGUGAUAAACUUAUCCAUGUCCUGUAAGAUCUUCAAACCAUUUUAUAAACUAAUCCUUAGAAAAAUUGAAAUCACUUUAUAACUUGAAGCUCUGCUCUCUGUAAUCACAAUAUCUGUUUCCUUUCCCUUUAGAUAUUGAUAGCACUACUCUUUGACUCUAGGAUGCACUCUGAAAUGUUAUCAGUCAAAAUUUGUUUAAGUUUAAUUCUGUUUCAUCAGUUAGACACAAAUCUACCAACAUGAAUGAUACUGAUGCCAACAGAGCUUCCAGAUCUUUCAGUUUCAGUUGCUAGAUAAAUUAGUUUGUCAUAAUAAAACUUGUAGUUGCUACAAACCUAUUAUAACAAACUGGGAAUUCUAUAGAGGAAAACCAUCCAUUAUGAGUAACAUCAAUAAAAUUUGCUCCUGCUGUACUCUGUAAAUUCUGAAUGUGAAAUUUAAAACUUUGUGCCUACUGAAGGUAUCUUGUGGAGUUUUGGGGGAAGAAAACUGGAAAGUUAAAUUGUGAUUUUGCCAGAUGACUUUUAUUUGCAUGUAUCUCAGGGUCUUCAGUUUUUCUAGAAACUUCCAUAUACAAAGUUCAAAGUUCAUGUGGAAAUCUCCUUUGGGCAUAUACUCAUUGCUCCUAUUCUUUAUUGGAUGGAAAAUUUGUAGCAAGAUGUUGUUUAGAACUUAUUGUAAGGUUUUCCUAUUUUAUACUUACUUUCUGGCUAUUGAAUUUUCUUUUAUUCUUUCAAGUUGGUUUCAAGUUUGCUCGAAUGUUAAAUUACCUGUAAAUAUUCUGGAUAGGAACUAUUUUCACUAGUAAAUUUAUUCAAAGGAAUGGCAAAAUUGAAAUGUUCAACCUAAGCAAAGAUGUUAAAAUGCUACAGCAAUCAUGCAAACUUUACUUUAAAAUAAUUUAAAUCAUGAUUAUCAUUUUUGUGGUAGCUAUCCCCACAUCUAGCUACUAUGAGGCGAUGAUACCACAUGUGUUCCAUUGUACUAAAAAAAAAGCCAGUGAUGAAUAUUGAUCAAAGUAUUUUGUAUUGUCAUGACAUGCAUAUUCUGGAGAAUUAAAUGCAAAUUCAAUAGCACUAGCCUCCUCACCUCUGUCAUUCAUAUGAAACUUUGUUCAUUUCCCCAAUACUGUGAUGUUCAUACUUGUACAGUCUCCCCUACCAUGACUUUAAGUUCUUCAUUUCAUUAACCAUUACCUGAUAUUAGUUCAUAGAGCUUCUUAUGGCAAAAAUAAAACAUGUUAAUUCUAA